UUUUCUCUUCUUCUUCGUAAUUUCUCACUCAGAGAAUGCUCUCUCUCUCCAAACCUUAAAAUCCUCAAAACCUUAAAAUUCACGAUUCACAUUUGCGGUCUUGUUCUUUGUCUUGUGUCUCGAUUUGUUUCUUUUCCGCCAUUCAAUUCCUCGAAAAUCAUUCUAUUCCUUCAAACCUUAAAAUGCUCAAACCCUUUUUGUAUUUGAAGAAGCAAAUUGGCAUGAGUGGCUGCCAAAAUUGAUUCAUGGAGAGAAUUGGUAGUUUAUUUUAUUCAAAAGUGGCAAUGGAUGUGGUUUUGACCUUAGGAAGAGAAGACACUAAUUCUGUUGAUGAGACAAAAAUGACUGAAGACACCAUCGUGACUGAAGAAGCCCCGGAGAAGCUUGGAGGCUCUGGCUUUGAUUCCAGAGAUCGAAGAAAAAGUAAGUACCUGUCUUACCCAUACAUUGGACCAAAACAAAAGGAUUUGCCAGCUGAAACAGAUGAUUUGAAGACACCAUGUCCUUCUCAGAAAGCAGGGGCUUCAAGUGUCACUACUAAUCCUUUAAAUGGAUCUUCUUCGUAUGCUAAAUUGGGUAGCAAGAGGUUCCGAAAUAGCUGGUACAAAAAGUUCAUCAGCUGUAAUACUAUGUCCAGCCAUAACAAAUUCAUGAAUUCAUCUGCAGAAGAACUACUUUCAGGACUUUAUUCUACUGCCGUUGAUUGUAUGUUUCCAGUUGGGAAUAAGAGUUUUGAUUUAGUUGAGCGGUUCUUUUGCAGAUACAGAGUAUCAAACUACCAUGAUGAGGCUGAACUUGCUACUUCCCAGGUUAAUGAAAAAGAAGAAAAACUGGGGAAAUCUGUGUGUAAUGAUUUACUGGAUACCAAAAGUAAGAAGAGAAAGAACAAUAAAAUUGAAAAUGCAGUUAGGUGUAAGAGAAAAUCACUCUCUGGCCUAUCAGAUGUGAAUGUAAGCACUUCUAAUAGUGACUCUCAGAAGCCUGGGAGAAAACUGAAACAAAAGAGGAAGGUGGAAGAAGUAACUUCAGUGCAUCAACCGCAAAAUGUUGAGAUAAAUUUAAUUGGGAACAGCAGCAAAUACAGCUCAACUCCUCAAGCUUCACAAAAUCUGUGUUGCCUUGCUUCUGAAGGAAAGGCCGUGCAUAAACAGAGGGAAAAGAUAGAGGCACAAGAGCAUCAAAGUGCUCAAAUUAAUUCAGUGUAUGCAGAUGCAAAAAGGCUUAACUGCAGUUCACUAGUAAUAGAUUUGCAGUUUACAUCCCCACCUAUACCUGUCGAUAUUCCUGAGAGAAAUAGAAGUCAAAAUAAGGAAGAACUGGUUUUAUUAGCUUCAAAUCUGGAGUCACAUGUUUCCCAAGAAGGACAUGUUGGGAGUAUUACUGAUCAUAGCUUGUUGGUAAGUACUAAGGCUGAGGUUGGUACUGUCAUGGUAAAUAAAACAUGGUUGAAGAAUAGCAUGGGGAAAGCAACACGAGUGCAUCUCAAUACUAAACCUGCUGUUGGAGUGCCUCUCAAUAGCAUGGGGAAAGCAGCAGGAGUGCAUCUUAAUACUAAACUUGCUGUAGAGAAAAAAGGGUUGAAUAAUAGCAUGGAGAAGCCAGCAGAAAAGCCUCUCAAUACUAAACUUGCUAUAGGGAAAACAGGGCUGAAGAAUAGCAUAGAGAAGGCAGCAGAAAAGCCUCUCAAUACUAAAGUUGCUGUAGAGAUACCUGAUUUGAACGGUACUGGUGCUGAAUGCAAUUCAAUCAGCACAGAAUUUGAUACUGUACAUUUCGUUUCACCUGAAUUUAAAUUGGAGCAGUCAAGAAGCGUAUCUGUAUGUUCAAGAUCUACCAAAACUACUUCUUGCAAUAGACCGGAUAGCAAUGGAGAAUCACUUGGAACCUGUCUUCUCCUAAAAUUUUCCCCUGUAGCUUACAUCCCAUCAAAAGAAGAUUUAAUGACAACGUUUUGCCGGUUUGGUCCCUUGAAGGCGUCUGAAACUCAGUUGUUAAGAGACAAUGGUAGUGCUCAAGUUGUUUUUGUAAGAAGUGCAGAUGCUGCAGUUGCAUUUCAUAGUAUAGAGCAGAACAACAAAUUUGCCUUUGGUUGUACUCUCGUUGAUUUCAAGCUCCAUCAUCUUUCUGCAGCCUGUCCACCUGUGGAGCAACUUGUGACCACUGCUCAACCAACUGGGUUUAUGGCAAUGCCUGGUUUGAUGACCUCUACUCGACCAACCAUGUCUAUGGCAAUGCCUGGUGUUACCCCUACCCAACCAAUUGGGUCCAUAACAAUACCUGGCGUGAUGCCAACCCAGCCAACUGGGUCGAUGGCAGUGCCUGGUGUCACCCCUACCCCACCAACUGGGUCCAUGGCAAUGCCUGGUGAGACACCUCCUUCCCUUCAGUUCAUUAAGCAGAACUUGCAGAUGAUGACAUCAACCUUGGAGAAUUCAGGGAGUAGUCUUUCCCCCCGCAUGAGAGCCAAACUGGAUUCUGAAAUUAAAAACCUGCUGAGAAAGGUGAAUUCCAGGACUAAGGUCUAAAUAGUGGUCUAAUUAGAAGCUUUUCUGUCUGAAUUUAUCAUGGAAGUAGUUAAAUAGAUUAGAGUAGUUCGGGCUUAUAUUAUAGUCCUCUUUCAGUGGUUGUACUGGGCUACUGGUGGACUUUCCUCCCAAUUCUUUGACUUCUGCACAAUUCAUUUGAAUGACUCAAGGAUAUUUUAUGCAUCAAUGUCAUUUGAUUCAAUAUCAUUGAGUCUUGCCAAGUCUUUCGUUUGUAUAUAUUCUGAUGAUAUAUUAAUGGAAGAGGUAAGUUUUAAUAUUA